GUUAAUGUUUGACAAGUAGGAAGAAGUGGCCUCGGCUGCCUUAUCGCUUGGUCACAGACGAGACAACCGCACUCUCUCAGUUCUCCUUCCACUCAAAAGUUUGUUUGCUGCUUUGUGAAGGAAUUACAUAUUUAAAUCCGGAGGAGACAGACAGACAGUCAGCAUGGAGGUGCUGGUGCUGAUCGACUUCGAGGGCACCAUGGGAGAUGAGAUCACAGUGAGGGCGGGGGAUGUGGUCAAAAACGUCACGAAGGCCAGCGAGGAGGGAUGGCUGGAGGGCGAGCUGAGUGGAAAGAGAGGCAUCUUCCCUGCCAACUUCACCAAGGAGGUGCCAGUUUAUUUGAUGGGUGACAGCAAGAGGGAACCACGAAGCAUCAGAACAACGAAGAGGAUGAAACAGACGAGGAAAUGCGAAGUGGCCUUUGCCUACAGUCCUAUGAAUUCAGACGAGCUGAAGCUGGAAGUUGGGGAGACUAUAGAAAUCAUCAGAGAGAUUGAAGAUGGAUGGUGGAUGGGAAUGAAAGAUGGCAAAGUUGGGGCAUUUCCUUCUAACUUUGUCAAUGAAAUUUUUGUUUCACCUAAAGAUGUCAAGCACAAUGAGGGCAAAGCGAGACCCAAGCUCACUGAUGCUGUGUUCAAUAAGGAGAUUUCUCAAAGGGCCAGUGUGAGGAACAAAGGAAAAAAUGUGGCAGAGUGUUGCCAAGUCAUGUUCGACUACAAGGCCAAAGCAGAGGAUGAGCUGGAUCUGAAAAAAGGAGAUGUCGUUGCGAUACUGACGAAGGAAACAGAAGAUGAAGGCUGGUGGGAGGGAGAGCUAAAUGGACGCUGUGGCUUCUUUCCUGAUAACUUUGUCAUGGUGAUACCACCAAAGGACAGUCUGCAAUCUGGGGCCACAAGCCAGCCGCCUGUGCGCAACGUUGACAAGAACCCCUCAGUGAAGCCAGCGGUCUCAGCGAUGGAUAAAGGUGGUCCAGCAAAAACAAAAGAUGAUAAAACAGAUGUUAAGGACCUGAGAAGCAAUCCUCCAACCAAAGUCAAGCUGCCAACUCUCCCCAGGCCCAGUCCGCCUCCAGUCAAAGACAAACCCAACAAGCUUUUAGCCAAUAGAACCAACGGUGAUGUGGCUCCUGUUUCAACAAAACAACCAGAAGAGAAAGAGGCCGACAAUUUUGACGGAGUGGAUUUCCAGACUGAAAAGCUGAGUCAUCCCACAGCAAACAGAGCCAAACCCCCGCAGAGGAGACCACCAUCAGGCCUGGUCACAGCAAUCCAGGCCCAGAAUGUAACCGACCAGACAGAGCCAGAAUUGUCGCCAAAAAAGUUCCAGACAGAGAAAUUGCCUGGCUUGCAAAAGAGUACAGAAAACCUUCUGCCAACACCUGCAAAGCCUGACCAUCGGCCCAGGACACCGCCUCCCGUUCGACCAACACCACCCAAAGUAGUUGUGGAUGGCAAAACUGUGACGCAUAAAGAAGAGCCAACUAUGGCAAGCCUGCAGGCUGAGAUUAAAGAGCUGAGGAUGGCCCUAGAGCUGCUACAGACACGACAUGAGCGAGACAUGCAGGAAGUGAAAGAAGAACUGAAGGAGGAGAGAAGCAAACGAAUGACACUGCAGGAGGAAAUGCAGAGUUUGAGGAUGAAGCAUUAAUCCCUACACAGACUGUGAUUCGGCUGGCUGUCUGACACUGUGCCACGCAGACUAUCGUACUGCAGAUUAGAACAAGAUGAGCAUUUUUGUGAAAUGCAAUGGGGAUGGAGAAGACAAGCGAGCCCUCCCAGUGAAAAAUUAUAAAGUCAGACUCUGGAUUGAGCUACUGCUGCAGUGGACUAGAUAAACUUGAUCCUUCAAAAGACUUUAAAAACUGAUGUACUGUUAAAAUUUUAUAUUUGAAUGCUGGAAAUCACAAAUAUUUUAGACUGAAGUGGGUUACGCUUUGUUGCAAAUUUUUAUUUUACACUGUUCUGUCUCAAUAGUCACCUCUAUUACAUUCAUCAAAUGAUUUACUGUACUUUUAACAUUUAAUGCCUCAGCAGAAAAUGUUAUACGGAGCUGUACAUAGGAGGAAAUAUUGUAAUGUCUUUUGCAAAGACUUAUUAUACAGUUCUAAGUCAUCCAAAGGGGAAUUGUUACCUGAAUGUUAAUAACUAAUAUACUACUGUCGAAAACAUGGGCUGACAUUCAGGGGAUUUUUUUUCACCAGAUUGUAAUGCUGCAUUAAUCCACUGGGGGGCACUAUAUGAUUACUUUACAUAAAGAAAAGUGCCAAGAUUCUCAGAGAAUGCUGGAUUGGUGGAAGUGACCUGGCACCACCUCCGCCUCACCUUAGAGAACAGAUAAUAUAUUUUAUUCAGAGGAGUAAAUGGCUGAUGUUAAUGAAUCAACCUUUCACGAAGCAAAAAAAACAGUUGUUGAACCACUUCAGGCAAUUAAACAGAGUUUGUGGUCAGCUGAAUUCUUCUGCAGUUAAGUGGAAAAGCCAUCCUGUGUCACUCAGAGAAAAACUGACUCACUCUGAAAACUCUGAACAUAGUGACUCAUUGCGAUGGAUGCAGAGAACGUGGGAGAGAAUUAAUGAGAAAUUCUUUGCACCCACCAGAGAGCUAUUUAACUCUGCCAUAUACGGAUCAGUCCAAUCUUCAGAGGAAGGCGUAUAGAUCUGGUUUUUGGCUCCAAAUGGUGGCAGCGGUGGUGGUGGUAGUCGUGGUGGUCUGCUCCUGUCUAAGCCCUACUAGCGUUGCCCACUGGAGAGCACAUCUGGACGACAUCUGGAGCUCAUCAGGGAUCGGGGUGCUUCUGAAACUGCCAUGGGAACAUACUAUUUUUAAAUACUGUGUUGAAUAAUGGUCAUUAAGGGCACAUUCCCUUGUGGUCAAGGGGUGAAAUAAAUGAAAAUAAACAAACAAAGGAUCAGCUGAUGGAGACAGUUCUGACUCUUUGAAUGACAUAAAAAAAAUGGAUGCUCUUUCUGCAAGGUUUUUUUGUUACCAAAGAAACUGUGCAACGAUUAAUCAAUUAGUUGUCCACAACAUAUCAGAGUCUAAAAUCUCUGAUUUCAGCACUUCUUAUAUGUGAAUAUUCUCUGGUUUCUUCUGUAACAGUAAACAAAAUAUAUUUGGGUUGUAUAAAAAACAUAUAUAUAUUUGAAGACGUCAACUUGGGCUUUGUAAAACUCUAAUCAACAUUUUUCACCAUUUUCCAUUAUUUUAUAGAACAAAUCUCAUUGAUUAACAGAGAGACUAAUUGGGAGAUUAAUUGACAAAGGAAAAUAAUUAUUAGUAUCAAGAAUGUCAGUGAUACAGGUGCUGCUUAACAGUUGGGAGUAGUGAAAACUGAGUGUUGACAACUGAAGCAGUUUGGAGCUCAGAGGUCAAAAACCAAGAAAAGCCCCUCUGAGUUAAAAUUAGAAACUGAACUGAUGCAGAACAGUUCCUCUCUGUCAAAAGAGAAAGGAGCUGGAUGGAUGCAGAAAGAAAUCCUUUCAAUGAUGGCCUUGUGGCAAAUGGAAAUUAAAUCUGCCGCAUAUUAAAAAUGCUGUUUCAAUAUGGGGCCUUUUAAUGAGAAUCGUGAGGCUGUCCAAAAUUACUGCUUAUACCCACAGAAUUAUGUUGUUUGUGCAAUUUUUGACUCAAAAACAUUUCUAAUUUGGCCAUCAAGAUAAAAAGUAAUGAUUCCACAGUCCUAAGCAGUGGUUAAAAAGCUUGAAUAAUAUCAUCUGGUUUAUAGAGGGACCGCGAAAAACAGUCUGCAAUAUGUUGGUCGCUGUAGAGCUCUUUCCCACGCCGUGUUGUGGCUCAGAUUUAUGGCUUUCCUUAACUGGAUUUCAUGUUAAUUUCAUUGAUUGUUUCAUAACUGCAUAAUUACCAUGAGGUUAAAAUAUGUUGCUUCUAAUUACAUGUGCUUUUUUGGUUACAUCCUGUAAAAUAAAAACAACAAAAAAAACAAAAAACAAAAACCACGCUAUUCAAAAUACUGAAUGGUGGCUUUAGCAAAACACAUUUUGGGUUGUAUGAUUUGGAAGUAGAUGCCAUUCACAAGAACUUUAUACAAACGUAAUUAUACUUGUACUUCUUCAAAGAGUCCACACCAUCAAUGCCACUGAUUUCUGAAAGCCUGUGACCACAUGAGAGGCUUUUCCAAGAUCUCAACAGAGAGGACUCCAGUGUGGGCUCCCUCUAAAAACAGAGCGGGGCCCAAGGCAAACCUGGAGCCACUCUGCUUGCGCUAUGAGGAAGACUCUAGUAGAUGUCCUUGGCCUGACUCCAUCUCUAACCAAGCUCCCUCUCCAAGCAACACCAGCCUCACAGCAGCUCUAUG